CCCACGCUUCUCCAUCACCUCAAGGCCAUGCAUCCCCAUUGGUAGCUAGCUCUCCACAUCGCCUAGGCCUCGUUAGCGGACAUUAUUCUAGCCACCGUUCUCCACCAGCACUAGCGAAUGUGAGUUCCCCCGGCUAUAUACAGGGCUGGCGCUGGUUAAAGCCCGUUUCCUGCCCCCUCCCAGAAUGUCCAGCAGCUCUCACUCAAUCACCAUGUCGACUGCUGCAACAGAUGACGGCGCCGUGGAGGCUGGUCUCCGUGCUAAAUCCAACACGCCCAUCAUACAGCAUAAAGAUAAUACCGGUCCUGCUGCCAUGGUCUGCGAUCCCGAGAUCGAGAAGCGAGUCGUGCGCAAGAUGGACUGGCACGUCAUGACGCUCAUCUGUUUCCUCUAUCUCUUAGCCUUUCUCGACCGCUCUAAUGUCGGCAACGCCCGUCUUGCUGGCAUGGCCAAGGAUCUCGAUCUCAACCGCGACGGCCGCUACGACUGGCUCCUGACCAUCUUCUACAUCGGCUACAUCAUCUCGGAGCCGCUGAUCCUCAUGUUCAAGAUUCUUCCCGCGCGCAUUUGGAUGGCCUGUGUAGUGUUUGGCUGGGGCGUGGCUGCGACAGCGCAGGCCGGCGCCCAGUCGUGGGGUGGCAUGAUGGCCGCGCGCUUCUUCCUGGCCGUCUUUGAGGCAGGCUUCGGACCAGGUGCUAUAUACCUUCUAUCGUUCUUUUAUCUGCGACGCGAGCUGGGCCUGCGAACGGGCAUGUUCAUCUGCGCGGCGCCGCUGGCAACCUGCUUUGCCGGUGCGUUGGCGUACGGCAUUACGGCUGGGAACCCGGGCAUUGCGCGCUGGCGACUGCUAUUUCUCGUCGAGGGCGCACCCGUCCUCGUCAUGGCAGUCGUGACAUACUUUGCCAUGCCUAAUUCACCCAAGGAAGCUUGGUUCUUGACCGAAGAGGAAAAGCAGGUUGCGCUGGCGAGGACUAUGCGACAGGCGGGUAAAGCGGAGCGACAGGGUGCGCUGAAUUUCAAGGAACUUGCAGCGACAUUUUUCGAUAUUAAGUCUUGGGUUACGCCGCUCAUCUACUUUUCUUGCAAUGUCUCAUUUGCAUCGCUGCCUGUGUUUCUCCCGACGAUUCUGCAAGACAUGGGCUUCUCCGGUCUAGAUGCGCAAGGCCUCUCUGCGCCACCGUAUCUGCUAGCUUUCAUAGUUACAAUCUUUACAUGUAUCAUUGCGGAUCGCACCCAGCAGCGCGGUCUGACCAUCAUCUGCACAUCCAUCCUUGGCGGCGCCGGAUACAUUAUGCUUGCUGUGGGUAAGUCUACUGGUGUACGUUACGCCGGCGUUUUUCUUGCAGCUGGUGGCGUCUUCCCUAGUAUUGGCAAUGUGUUGCCGUGGGUUCUAAACAACCAGGGCAAUGAUGAUCGUCGCGGCGCGGGUAUCGUGCUCCUCAACCUCAUUGGACAGUGCGGGCCACUGUUAGGCACCAGACUGUAUCCGCUCAACGAAGGACCAGAUUAUACAAAGGGACAUAGUAUCUGUGCCGCUUUUAUGUUCUUUACCACGCUAAUGGCGCUCCUUCUGAGGACUCUCCUGGCCCGUGAGAAUAAAAAGCUGGACGCAAGGUAUGGACGGUUGACGGAGGAAGACCAGCUAGAGAGCGAGGGACUCGAGAAUUUUGGACCAAAAUUUCGAUACGUUUUGUAAACAGUGGAGGAUUCCAUAUAUACCAUUUUUCACAGUAAGGAACACGAGUAAUUAAUUCAAUUGGGACACUCUUUCUUUACAUUAUUUGUCUAUACAUUUGUCUAGUAUGUGUAACUCGUAAUUCCCCUGCUACAUUCAAUACAAAAUUCAUCCACUCUGAGCUUCUCGUGCAAUUUAAACGUUUAGAGCUGGGCAACAAGAGCCAUGGCAGCAACGAGACCAGCAACGGCAGAGACGCCGAGGGUGGUGGCACCGGCAGUAGAGGUACCAGGGGUCUUGCUGGGACCAGAAGGAGUGGCGCCAGUGGUCUUACCACCGUUGUUGGAGCCGCCGUUAGGGCCAGUGGGGGUGGCAAUAGCGGUACCGUUGCCAGCGGGCAGAGUCUUGACGAUGGUGCAAGGGCAGUCGGUGAUGGUCAAGGUCGUGGGCUCGGUGACGGUGUAAGUCUUGGAGUUCUGGACAAAGGUGGUGGGGAUAGGGCAGUAGGUGGUGUAAGCAGUGACGGUCUCGGUAACAGUCUUGUGGGGGACGACACUGCUGGGGGCAUCAGUAGGGCGCUUGAUGAGGGUGAAGUCAUCGCCGCUGGUGCCGUCAGAGCCCUUGAUGAAGUUCCAGGUCAGGACAGUCUCGUUGACGACGUUGAGCUUGGAGAAACCGUAGUGGCUCCAGUCGAGGACGGCAGAGAUGUUGAGAAUGUUCUUGCCAGGGGCGAGGGUGGCGUGAGACUCAAUGUUACCAGCCAUACCGUUGAUGAUGUGAGUCAUGGACUGGCCAGGGUUGGUCCAGUAGGUGUUGUUGUUGACGACGGAGCUCAUGUCGACGGUACCGUUGUGGCCAAUGGGGAAGAUACGCUCGUACCAGUGGAUGUGGCCAGAGAGGUAGGCAUCGACACCGUUCUUGAGGAAGAGCUCCUCGAAAGCAGCGCGCAUGCUGUUCUGAUAGCUAGAAACCUGGGAAGAGUACAUGGGGCGGUGGCUCAUGGCGAUAACCCAGGGGGUCUUCUUGCGGUCAACCUUGGCAAGAUCAUCCUGGAGCCACUUGUACUGCUCGUAAGACUCCUUGACGUUAAUGUCGCCAGUGACGGCGCCAAAGGGGCCAGAGUCGGUAGAGAAGGUUUGGUUGGGGGAGAUCUUGUUCUCACCCUUCUUGAGGUGCUUGGCAAAAGGAGCCUCGGGGGAGUUGGGGUAAUCAGUCUCACCGUUGAAUGCGAUGAAGUGAGCCAGACCGUAGUCGAAGGAGUACCAGAAGUUGGAGACACCCUUGGACUCGGCACCAGGCAUGCGGAAACGGUUCUGGUAAGCAGUGUAGUUGCGCUGGGAAGGAGGGCAGCUGAAGUAAUUGAGCUUGGAGGUGGAGGUGCUGUUGGUCUUGUUGAGGUUGAGGUAGGUGGCGAGAGGGUUGUCGGGGUAGUCGAACUCGGCACAAGCAGCCUCGUGGUUACCGGGAAGAACCAUGUAGGGGACCUUGGAAGAGAUGUUGGUCAUCCACUGUUGCCAGAGAUCCCAGUUGGACUCGUAGAUGACGCUCAUGUCACCACCACGGGGACCACCCUGGCUAGCAACCUCGCCAGCGGGCAGAGGGACAUCGUACUCGGGGGUCUUGCCGCCGGGCAGGCGGGUGCUGGAGCCGUUGUAGCAGACGGGCCAGCUGUCCUCGCAAGGAAGGAGACCAGAGUACCAGUCAUCGGCGUAGGAGAUGUCACCACCGUGCCAGGCAAAGGCAACACCGUUAUCAAUGGCCUUGGUGAGCUGGUUGAAGGUACCGCCAGCGUUGGUGUAGCCCAUGUCGUUGAGAACAGCGACAGAGAAGCCCUUCUUGUCACCAGCAGCACGGGCAGUUGUGAACUUGAGGACAUCGGAGGCAGUGGUGCCGUUGGAGGCCUGGAUCUUAUAGUAGUAGGUGGUGUCCUGCUUGAGGCCGCGGAUCUGGACCUCGUGGAAGUGCUGGGAGCACUGGGUGACAGGGGCCUCGGAGCAAGGAGGCGUACGGUCGUAGCUGGAAAGGUCGUGGUUAGUUGAUUGAUAGAGGCAAUUGGUUUGGGCAAAGAGAGAUACUCACGAGUGAGAAGCACCAGUGGCCUUCUUGUCGAGCUUGGCAGAGUCAGAACCCCACUGGACGGUAGGCUCCUCAGUCAAGCCAAAGGGAGUCUGGUAGUGGAUGUUGACACCAUCAGCGCCGGCAUACGCAAUGGAGAUGACGUUGAUAUUGUUGGUAGGGUUGGCGGUGGCAGGCUUGACGGCGGGAGGCUCAGAAAGACGAGGGUAACCUUUUCCAUUGCCCUUGACGUCCUGGUUGACCCAAUCACCAACGGGAGUCUUGGGGCCAGUGUAAGGCGAGCUGGUGUCGACGGUGGGCUUGGCCUGGGCGACAGAGGCCAGGACGAAGCCAGCAGCAAUGGCGGAGGCGGUCUUUGCGAUCAUGAUUGCUUGAAGCUGAGAAGCAAAAGAGACGAUGAUGAAUUGGCAGCAACGGCUAAAGAACGAAAAGAAACGAGCAAGAGACGGAGCCGUUGGCGACGCUGCCUCAGCUCUUUUCAAUCAUUUUUUUCCACCUGCAGCUCCAGACCAGCUGGGCUCCGGCGACCUUACCAUUACGGGCCAUGCUAUUGGCUCUUCCGGCCCAGCUAAUGCAACUCGGACAUACAGCCUGGCGAGGGAUCCGCUGGUUGGUGAUGGGAUGGG